GGAAAGGAAGAAUCUGUCGCGACGUUCAAGGGAAACGAGUUUUUCUGCUACGAUCUGUCGCUGACGCCGAUCCAGAGCAGUACGGAUGAGAUCACGCUGUCUUUCCGCACGCUGCAGCGUAACGGCCUGAUGCUGCACACCGGCAAAUCCGCAGAUUACGUCAAUCUGUCGCUGAAGAGCGGCGCCGUGUGGCUCGUCAUUAAUCUCGGAUCUGGGGCUUUCGAGGCGCUCGUGGAGCCGGUUAACGGGAAGUUCAACGACAACACGUGGCACGACGUUAAAGUCACCCGAAACCUCCGCCAGCACUCUGGCAUUGGACACGCUAUGGUGACUAUAUCGGUGGAUGGUAUUUUGACCACCACUGGUUAUACGCAGGAGGAUUACACCAUGUUGGGUUCUGAUGAUUUCUUCUACAUCGGUGGAAGUCCGAACACAGCAGAUCUGCCCGGAUCUCCAGUCAGCAACAACUUCAUGGGCUGUUUGAAAGAUGUCGUCUACAAGAACAAUGACUUCAAACUUGAACUGUCCCGUCUGGCCAUUGACAGAGACCCUAAGAUCAGCCUGCACGGUGACCUGGUGUUCCGCUGUGAGGAUGUAGCGGCCCUGGACCCCGUGACGUUUGAGACCCCCGAGUCUUACAUCACCCUGCCGCGCUGGGACACCAAGAAAACCAGCUCCAUAUCCUUUGAUUUCCGCACCACGGAGCCCAGCGGACUGCUGCUGUUCAGCCACGGCAAACCUAAGAGCACCAAAGAACAGCGACCGGACCGCGAGAUGAAGACCGAUUACUUCGCCAUGGAGCUGCUGGACGGAUUUUUAUACCUGCUGAUGGACAUGGGCUCCGGCAGCAUCAAACUCAAAACCAGCAACAAGAAAGUCAAUGAUGGAGAAUGGUGUCACGUCGACUUUCAGAGGGAGGGGAGGAGGGGGUCCAUCUCUGUCAACAGCCGCUCCAUCCCCUUCAGCUCAAACGAGGGCAGUGAGAUUCUGGAUCUGGACGGUGACAUGUUCCUGGGCGGUUUACCUGACACCCAGCAGGGUCUGAUUCUUCCACCCGAGGUCUGGACGGCUCUGCUCAACUACGGUUACGUGGGCUGCGUGCGUGACCUCUUCAUUGACGGGAAGAGCCGUGACGUCCGUCGGCUGGCGGAGAUCCAGAGCACUCCGGGCGUGAGCAGCUUCUGUACCCGUGAGCUGCAGAAGAGGUGCAGCAGCGCCCCCUGUUAUAACGGAGGACAGUGUAAAGAGGGCUGGAACCGCUACAUGUGUGACUGCACCGGGACCGGCUUCCUGGGGAACAACUGUGAGAUCGAGGCCACGGUGUUGAGUUAUGACGGCAGCAUGUAUCUGAAGAUCAUCAUGCCCAGCACCAUGCACACAGAAGCUGAAGACGUGGCCCUGCGCUUCAUGUCUCAGCGGGCGUACGGGCUGCUCAUGGCCACCACCUCGAAAGAAUCGGCAGACACUCUUCGUCUGGAGCUGGACGGAGGACGAGUGAAACUCACGGUCAACCUCGACUGUAUCAGGAUAGACUGUAACCUCAACGAUCUGCUUCUGUUGAUGGCUUACAACAGAUCCUGGACCUGCUAGAACAAUACUGUCACACCUCAGUAAAACUCCAAUGAUCACCUUUCAGAGAAGAUCCAGAUCCCAACUAUCAC